AUGGCGAGGACCGUUUUCUCAAAACUGAAGACUCUUUGGAGGAAACAAAGCCAGCCUGUGCAGGCAGCCAAAGCAAUAAAGGCUGCCUUGGGAAGGCAUCUCUCUGUGCCAAAUGCAACGCGAUGGAAUUCAUUGUUCAACGCCAUGAAGUACGUAAACGAAGUGCUGAAAGGGAAGAUGGACGCAACGUUCGACGCACUCUCGUUGCCACGGUUGCAGCAUAAAGAAUCUAUGUUCAUUGGUGAAUACUGCAAGGUGAUGUGCGCUGUGGCAAAGGCGCUAGAUAUACUACAAGGAGAACAAUAUAUGUACAAGGGCGUCCUGCAGCCAACACUUCAAUCUCUACUGCGGUAUCAGCGAUUCCUCCCACCACUUAAGUACUGCAUACUCCUUGCUUGGAGUCUUCAGGACGCAGUCAAGAAAAGGUUUUCUGGAGUUUUGGAGGGUGCCGAUCUGGCCCUGGCAGCAGCGGUACAUCCAAAAUUCAAGCUUUCCUGGAUGACUGAAGCACGGAAAGCAGCGACGUUACGACUUCUUGAGGAGGAGUGUCAUGCUGUAAAAGCAAUUUUCAAUGAAAAUGGAGCCGCCAGCAAAGGAACCGACGAAGACAACGUGUUUUUUCAGUUGCCUCAAUCCUCUCUUUCAUGCUCCGAGGUGCAACAAUGGCUCAGUGAUCUCGGAACUGACAUCAGCGAGCUGGUGAAGUACCCUAAGAUUAAGGAAAUUUUUAUUCAGCGAAAUAUGGGGAUUCCGUCCAGUUCGCUGGCUGAACGGCUAUUCAGCAAAGGAUGCGACAUUUUGUCCAUCAAGAGGGGAAAGCCCUCUGAUGAAAACUUUGAAAAGCAACUCAUUCUAAAGUGUAACGAAGUUUGCAAGUAA